UAUUUGAAGUCAAAGUUGAAUAAAACUACAUUUAAAAAACAGCAUUCCUCGGUGAGGGUGCGACUAAAAACUUUUAAACAAGAGCAUUGAACAAAUUUUAAAAUUUAAUAUUGACCAACUACUACCACAUCCUGGAAAGAAGAGGAAGAAGCAGAAGAAGAGGACCAAACCAAGAAAACUUCCUCCUCCCACAUCCUCCCAACCACUCCCCCAUACCACCGAGGGUUUAAAUCCCGUUUACGAUGACCUUUUCUGUCCGGUUUCGGGCUGCCCAGGACCGUCAUCUGCUGGAACAGAUGAGUGGAUAGAAUGUUCUGCAUGUCUUUUGUGGUAUCACACCUCUUGUCUUUUCUUGCAGGCCAUUCCUGAAGGUGACUGGUUCUGCGCAAACUGUCCCCAAAUAGAUACACAAAUAGGCCCCCAAAUAAACUCAAACACAUCGUCGCCAGCAAAUCAAUCUUAUCUAGGCACACAUAUUCAACUCACACAGUCAAUCACCUUUACAAAUCCACGUGCAUCACAACCAAUUUCUACAUUAAGUACACCACUUUCAAAUUUUAUAUCUAGCAAGGAAACAUGCACAUCCCUUACAUUAGAAUGGCUAAAUAACCACAUAGUACCCGGGGGGUAAUUGAGAAAGCUAUAUUACAUGACGCUUAUAGACGAGACUCCUUAGGCAUUUUUAAACCCAUUAACGAUGCAGAAAUGGGUAAAUUGAUAAAAAAUUCAUUUUCAAACAUUAGGACCAAACGAAUUAGGACAGAACUUCAUGGCACUUCGAAGUAUCAUUACGUAGGGAUUCAGUUUAAAUCAGAACACAGUGCUGACUCGGUUUUUGAUUUCCAAACUAUCAUUUCAUCUCUUAGGCAAAAUUGUCCUACUCUUAAACAAUGUCCAAAGGCCUGUAGGAUCCCUGUAGCCCAAGUUCUGAAAUCCGCCGUAGAUAAAUGUAUAAGUGAAAACACUCCAGAGGCAUGGCAUCUUCUUUUGACCUUUCCAUAUAUUACAUUGCAAUGUGAAUCAAAGGCAAAUAUUAAAAAUGGUCAAAGCCUUAAUAGCAAAAUCCGAAACAACUUAUCCAUAUUUGAAUCUUUGGACAAAAAUACAUAUCAGGAUUAUCUCAUUACUCUCUCUUCCAAAAAUUCAGCCCAUGAUAAACCAGGUAACACCAUCAAGGACAUUGGGCCAAAAGUCAUAUCUAAAGUAUCCGAAGGAAAUAUUCGUGGUGCAAUUCGGCUUUUAACUUCAGAUGAUAUUAUCGCCCCAAAUUCUUCAGAAACUCUUGAAACACUUGUAGAAAAGCACCCACCACAACCUUUAGAUAAUUUUACUGUUUUAGAUGAGCCUAACAUUCCACCUUUUACAACGACAGUAGAACAGGUUAUCUCAGCAAUAUUCUCAUUUCCUAGUGGUUCAGCAGGGGGUUUAGAUGCAUUACGACCACAAAUUCUGAAAGAUUUAGUUUCACAACAUACUGGUGACGUAGGAACUCAAUUGUUAGAAUCUAUGACAAAAUUUUGCAAUUUUAUGUUAGCAGGAAAAGUUCCUUUAGAUAUUUGUCCUUUCAUUUAUGGUGCAAGUCUGACGGCCCUUAAAAAGAAAUCAGGUGGUAUUAGAGCUAUUGCAGUAGGUUGCACUUAUCGUAGAAUAGUUUCAAAAAUUUGUGUCAAGGUCAUGAAUCAUGUCUUUCAGGAUUAUUUUAGUCCAGUCCAAGUAGGUUUCAAUGUAAAAAAUGGUGCUGAAGCAGGAGCACACGCUGCCCGUAGAUUCUUUUCCUUUUUACAUAAGUCACCCACAGCCUUUCUUAAAAUAGAUUUCAAAAAUGCUUUUAAUAUGGUGGAUAGAGGGAAAUUGGUUUCAUCCGUUCACGAACUUGUACCAACCUUGUAUCCUUAUAUUAAUCAGUGCUAUAGAUUCUCAUUCAGCCUUGUCUGGGAUUCUUCAUUAAUUGAAUCAUGUAGAGGUGUUCAACAAGGGGAUCCGUUAGGUCCACCACUUUUUUGUUUGAUUCUACAUCCAGUCGUUUCAAAUUUAGGGUCAGAAUUUAAUAUGUGGUACUUGGAUGAUGGUACAUUAGGUGGCGAUCCUACUACAGUUUUAGACGAUUUCAAACAUAUUAUCUCGUGUGCAAAUGAAGUAGGUUUAGAAUUAAACUUUGAUAAAUGUGAGGUUUCAGUUUUAGGUCCUCAAACUAACACGCAACGUAUACUAGAAUCUUUCCAAUCAGUUGCACCAGGUAUUUCUUGUAUGACCCAGGAAAAUGCUGAACUUUUAAGGUGCGUUUAUGCUUUCUGAUUAAUUGUAGCGAUCUCUUAGAGAAUUGAUAACCGACGGGUUUUUUAGUUCCCGUCCUCGUUACAUUCGCGUCGCCAUAGCGGUCGCUAUGCAAUUCGCCAUGCGGGUUUAUGCAUUGUUUCCUCCUUCAUUUCACGGCACCUUCACGAUCACCAUGAAAGUUGAACAGAGUUCAACUUUUACACGGAUGAAGGAGCAAGGAAAUUUUUAGAAACCAUUACAAUUUUAUAAAUAUUUCCAUUUGCGAUUUCAAAAUUUUACAAAAUGACUACAAAAGUGAUAUCUGCGCCCAAAUCUCCACUGGAUCUGGAAGAAAAAUUAAUUCUUCUAGUUCAGCAACGUCCAGCACUGUACGACAAGAAGGAUCCUGCAUACAAAAAUAGAAACACUCGUGCGGUGAUGUGGGAGGAAAUUGGAAAGCUACUAGGAAAGACAGGUCAGUUUGUUUUACUGCAGAGUCUAUAUUCUCACUUGUAUUAACUCUAAAAAGGCAUGAAGGAGCAAUGCGUUUCAUCCGUGACAUUGUUGACCCGGAUGAAAGUACCGUGUCCAAUCUCGUGACUGAAGAUGAUUCUUCGUUUGUGGAUAUGCAUGGACCGGGGUCGGAGAUCCAGAUUGAAGUGAUUGACGUGGAUAAGCUCCCCGAAGAUUUUGACCCACUCUCAAUUGAAGAGGAGACAGCGACGACUUCUGUACUUGUACCACGGUCACAACCAGCUUUACCAUCGAAGAAACGAAAAUUGGACGCAUUUGACAAAGAGAUGCUGGAUUUGCUCAAAUCAAACGAUGAUGAACACGACAGCUUCGGAAAAAUGUUGGCCCCAAAACUGCGGAGAAUUGCAGAUUUAGACCGGAAAGUAUUUCUCAAUCUUCAGCGCAAAAUCAAUGAUGCAGUGCUUGAUGCAGAAAUAGAACUUCUUGCGUAAUUAUACAGCUUUAAGUCAUUAAAAUGGUUUUAAAUAAUUCUGGCUUGUUAUUCAAAAGUUGCAGUAAAUAAAUCCUUUGUUUUUCAUGAACGAGA